AUGAUCAUGGAGUUUAUGGAGCUCGGUGCUUUGCACAACUAUCUCCAUCUCAAGCAAUUUGGAGUGCCCGUGGAGAUGAAGCUCUUGACGAUGGAGGUCGCGCUGGUGCUGGCGUUGGCGCUGGCCGACCUCCACCUUUCAACACUCUUUCUCUCGAGACCCCACUACGUCCGGCUCGGUGACCUUGGCUCGGCGCAGACAGUCGGCACCAAGUUUUGGAUGGCGCCCGAGGUGCUCCGGGACCCGGAUCAUGCAGGCGAAGGACGCAUGUACACGACGGCCACCGACAUUUACUCGUUUGGCGUCAUCUUGACCGAGCUCGACACGCUCUGUGAGCCCUACUCGUAG